UUGCGGACAUGAUUUUGUUAUCAUGUUUUGCUAAUUCAUUUUCAAAGGCCCCAUCUACAUGAAUGCUUGAACAUGACAAAACAUAAAACAUAAAAAUGAAACAAAUUAGCAAAACUAAUAAAACCGAUACAAUCCGCCAAGGUUAGCGAUUAAAAAUACGACCUUUGCUGGCAACAUUGCUUUCCCGUGGUUUCAACUUGACGCACACAAUAAUGCACUCUCUCUAGCAAAACCAACACACGCGUGCACACACAAAUUUCGCUCUCUCCCGCACACAUUGAGAGAGAGAGAGAGUGGGAAAUCUGUCAAUACACAACUACGGUCACGCAACCGGCGAGCGGUCUCCUCUUGAUUGGCUGUAGUCGUCGAGACCGCGGCGCUCGCUAGCUAGGAACGAAAACUGGUUCUGUGCUUUGUGCGUUUUGGGCACUUUUUGCCGAUUUCUCUGACUGUGUUGUGCGACGGAAGUUUGUUAAAAAUUGCAUUCGUCUUUUGAAGCAGUUCCCGUUCGAUUCCCCCUUAUUUGCCAUUCUGAAUCGUGGCAAAUAUACACGUAGUUCCUAGUGAAGUGGUAUUGUGGUGUUCAACCGAUUACAAAGCUCGUGGCCGCAAGUGGUGGCAUUACGUAGGUGGAAACUAUCGUUUAUAUUCCCUUAGGAGCCAAGCGUCCGAAUUAGCUAGCGGAACGAAAAGAGCCAACCCGAAAACAAGAUGGGGCUGAAGGAAUGCACGAUUGAGUUGGAUAAUCCGUACAAUACGUACUACGCCGGCCAGACGGUGAACGGCAGAGUGACGUUCACGUUUGAUUCUGCAAAGAAAAUACGAGGCAUUGUAAUCAAGUUUGCCGGUGAAGCAGAAACCAAAUGGAGCGAAACGGAAACGAAGACCGAUACGAACGGCAAACAGUACGAAUCGACGACGAAUCUAACUGGCCAGGAGGAAUACUUCCAGAUACAAUACUACCUGCUCGGUGGCAAGAAUGCAGCCGAAUCUCAAUUAGCAGCCGGGCAGCACACCUACCCAUUCACCUGUGCCCUGCCACCAACUCUACCGUCGUCGUUCGAAGGCGAAUGGGGCUUCGUGCGCUACACGGUCAAGGUGACGCUCGAUCGCCCCUGGAAGUUUGACCAGGACGUGAAGAUGGCAUUCACCGUCAUUUCACCCGUCGAUCUGAACUUGAAUCCACGCGUUAAAGACCCAUUCAAGCUGGAGCUGGAGAAAACGUUCUGCUGCUUCUGCUGUGCUUCCGGACCGCUGAGCGUGAUCGUUCACGUACCGGUGACUGGAUUCGUUUCCGGGCAAUCCGUCCCGGUGACGGUCGAGUGUGACAAUGCGAGCAAUGUUGGGGUGGACAAGAUCACGAUCAACUUACGCAAGCUGCUUGCCUUCCACGUCCACACACCGAGGCGUGAAACGAAGCGAAAGAAGGAGCUGGUCACCAGCAUUUCGAUGGGUCCGAUCGAGGCGGGCAACAGCCAAACGUGGCAACAAUUCCUAAUGAUACCACCGCUGCCACCAUCGAAUCUGGUCAACUGUGGUAUCAUUGAUGUUGAUUACGAUAUCAAAGUGAUUGCCGAAGCGUCGGGCAUGCAUGCCAAUCUGGACGGUAAUAUACCGAUCGUGCUCGGUACGGUACCGUUGGAAUCGUUCCAACCGCCACCACCGUACACGGACAAUCCUCCAAUACAAGCCGGCGACAUCAUUGCGACCGAGACCGAUCCUUCCAUGCUACCGACACAACCGGUCAGUCCAGCCAGUCCACCCAGCAACGGGGCUGGCGGUGCGCUCGGUUGGAACAUUGGCGACAACAAGGCUUAUCCUAACAUACCUCCACCGACGUUCGCUGAAACUGCGUACAAAGCACCGACCAUUUCCGGCAAAAAUGACUCCGAAUUUACGCGCAUCGUUGGCGGAGCGGAAUAUGCUCCCCGGUAUCCGACGUACGCAUUUUCACCAUCUGCACCACCGCCACCACCAAACUAUUGAUAAGGUAUCGUGCACGAAUCGGAUUAACGGUGGUAACACUCUUUUACUCUCAUCCUCGAAUAGUUAUUGUACUCGUGUGUACCAACUACACAGACGUUAAUCAUACACAAUUGAUCAAUUUCAGUGUCGAGUGCAAAAUUCUAACGAUACUCUUUUCACUGUCAGUACACACACUGCACACGGCGUUGGAUUCAAUGGCCACAUAAUAAAUAUGGUCAUCGCCGUAAAAAGCAAACGAAUUAACGAAUAUUGUCAUGGACGCACAACGAAGAUAAAAAAAAAACACGAAUGCGCUCUUUGAUUGCUGCUUGGUACACAGUUCUGUACCAUCGUUUUCAUUAUUUACACAUCUAUUCUAUCUCUUUAAUCUUACGCUUCGCUUCGUCGUCCACAUUGCGGUAAACUAUGCGUAGUUAAUCGUAGGUGGAAUUAUAAUUAUUGUUGUAAACACUCUAUGCUUGUUGCGUACGUUUCUUUUUUUGCUUACGGCCGACGGACCGUAAAAUGCAAAAUUUAGUAGUAGUCAUUGAAACAAAAAAAAAACAAACAAAAAAUACCCACUGUAUGUCAGGUGCAUUAGCUUAAGUAACGUUUCUGUGCUACGAGUAUGGCAUCCUAUUGCGAAUGUUUUUCGUUUGAUUCAAUAAUAGUAUUCUACAAAACCUCAAACCUAAAUGUAAGGAAAUCCGACAUCACACCAGCUAUGUGUUUAAGUCAUGAUGAAGCUUCAUUAUGUAGCGUCCAACGUGCUCUUGAUCAUUUAUGAAAGGUUCCAUCCAGCAUGCAUCCAUCGAUGAAGAAGUUUUUGGCUUGGUUCAUACACUUGGAUAUAUACACACAGACAAACAAAUAGUUGUAUUAGAACGAAGAUGCCAAAAUGAGAAGGAAAUCUACACAGUGCAUUACUCAAGAUAUGAUGUCAGUAUGCAAUACCGACCUAUAUUGUAACAGAAAGGAGAGAAAAGGGAAAAAAGCAGACCGUUUUGCAGUAACAGUGCCUACAAGUUUUAUAAUAGUUAUGUGUGUUUUGUACGCACAGGGAAAAACAAGUAUGAACAAAUAACCUCAAAUGAAAUGAAACAGGAGACUAGUACGAAAACGGUGAUACUAAAACCGCCACAGGAAGAAAGCACUAUAAUGCACUACAACUCCGAAACGGGCUGUCAGUGUUCGAACUCAUGGGGGGUCGUUAGUUUCGUGGCUUUAUUUGACGAGUGAAAUAUCUAUCUUCCAUACAACUUUUAAUAACAAACCAACCAGUAAAAUGUAAAAAAGGCAAAACGACUAGCUAUGUAUAAAAUAUAUUGAAGCUAUUUGUUUCACUAAGGCACACUCAAAGCUUGUGGCAGUGAAUGGAAAACAUCUGCAUACUUGGUGGCCGCAGCCAUGAGAUUCGAUAGUUUUCAAUUCUUUGAGAUAAAACAUAAACAACACAUUACCGAACGGUUGGAACACAACAUAAAAUCUUAUACAGAAAACAACUAUGUAACGAUUUAUGCAAUGAGUAAUAAAACGAAAAACAAACAAA